GGGCGGAGAAGAGAAGCGAAGCGGCCGGGGACCAUCGGGCGAGGCAGGCAGAGGGCAGCGGCAGCGGGGGCUUUUCCGCACGCUCGCAGCCCCGCCGGGGGAACCGCAACGCACGCGCGCGGCAGAGCGGAGCCGGGGGGGCCGCUUGAAGGGAAGCGAGCAGGAAGGAGGAACGAUGGCUCUGGACGGUAUACGGAUGUCAGAUGGCUGCUAUGCUGAUGGAACGUGGGAGUUAAAUGUGCAUGUCACAGACUUGAACAGAGAUGUAACACUGAGAGUCACUGGGGAAAUACAUAUUGGUGGCGUCAUGCUGAAACUGGUGGAAAAACUUGAUGUCAAGAAAGAUUGGUCUGACCAUGCCUUAUGGUGGGACAAGAAGAAAACCUGGCUCCUUAAAACACACUGGACUUUAGAUAAGUAUGGAAUACAGGCUGAUGCAAAGUUGCAAUUCACUCCUCAACACAAAUUGCUCCGACUCCAGCUUCCCAACAUGAAGUAUGUAAAAGUGAAAGUGAACUUUUCUGACAGAGUCUUUAAAGCAGUAUCUGACAUCUGCAAAACUUUCAACAUCAGGCACCCAGAAGAACUCUCUCUUUUAAGAAAGUCCCGGGAUCCAACUAAAAAGAAAAAGAAAAAGCUGGAUGACCAGUAUGAAGAUGAAACACUUGAGCUGGAAGGACCACUAAUCACACCUGGAUCAGGCUCUGAUGUUCUUUACAUUGGCCCAGUAAAAGGGAGUGUAUAUUCAAGUCCAGGGCUUUAUAGCAAAACCAUGACACCAACGUAUGAUUCUCAUGAUGGGAGUCCUUUAUCACCAACUUCAGCUUGGUUUGGAGAUAGUGCUUUAUCAGAAGGGAAUCCAGGUAUACUUGCCGUCAGCCAGCCAAUCACCUCCCCAGAAAUCUUAGCCAAAAUGUAUAAGCCACAGUCACUUCUGGAUAAAGCCAAGAUCAACCAGGGAUGGCUAGAUUCUUCAAGGUCACUUAUGGAACAAGAUGUGAAAGAAAAUGAAGCUUUACUUCUGCGGUUCAAAUACUACAGCUUCUUUGAUUUGAAUCCUAAGUAUGAUGCAAUCAGAAUAAAUCAGCUAUAUGAACAAUCAAAAUGGGCUAUUCUUUUGGAAGAAAUUGAGUGCACGGAAGAGGAAAUGAUGAUGUUUGCAGCACUGCAGUACCACGUCAAUAAGUUAUCGAUCAUGUCAUCUGAAAAUCACUUGAAUAACAGUGACAAAGAAGUUGAUGAAGUUGAUGCUGCCCUUUCUGAUCUGGAGAUUACUCUGGAAGGUGGAAAGACCUCCACAAUUCUGGGUGACAUCACUUCAAUCCCGGAGCUAGCAGACUACAUUAAAGUGUUCAAGCCAAAGAAGCUAACACUGAAGGGUUAUAAGCAGUACUGGUGUACCUUCAAAGACACAUCUAUCUCCUGUUUUAAAAGUAAAGAAGAAUCUAAUGGGACUCCAGCUCAUCAGAUGAAUUUGAGAGGGUGUGAGGUAACUCCUGAUGUCAACAUAUCUGGCCAGAAAUUUAACAUAAAGCUUUUGAUUCCUGUUGCUGAAGGCAUGAAUGAAAUUUGGCUCCGUUGUGAUAAUGAAAAACAGUAUGCACACUGGAUGGCAGCUUGUCGGUUAGCUUCCAAGGGUAAAACCAUGGCAGACAGUUCAUACAAUUUAGAAGUCCAGAAUAUCUUGUCUUUUCUGAAAAUGCAGCAUCUGAACCCAGAUCCACAGAUAAUUACUGAGCAGAUCACAACAGACAUUAAUCCUGAAUGCUUGGUUUCCCCAAGAUACCUGAAGAAGUAUAAGAACAAGCAGCCAGGCUAUAUAAGAGACUUGAUCACUGCUCGGAUCUUAGAGGCCCAUCAGAAUGUCGCUCAGAUGAGCCUUAUUGAAGCCAAGAUGAGGUUUAUACAAGCUUGGCAAUCCCUACCAGAGUUCGGCAUUACACACUUUAUUGCAAGGUUCCAAGGGGGUAAGAAGGAAGAACUUAUUGGAAUUGCUUACAACCGGCUGAUAAGGAUGGAUGCUGGCACCAGUGAUGCCAUCAAGACGUGGCGGUUCAGCAACAUGAAACAGUGGAAUGUGAAUUGGGAAAUCAAAAUGGUAACUGUAGAAUUUGCAGAUGACGUCCGAGUAUCUUUCAUCUGCACUGAAGUGGAUUGCAAAGUGGUGCAUGAGUUUAUUGGUGGCUACAUUUUCCUGUCAACACGUGCAAAAGAUCAGAAUGAAAGCUUAGAUGAAGAGAUGUUCUACAAGCUGACCAGUGGCUGGGUGUGAGUUGGAUAAGACUGCCUGUUCUACUGACAUAAACUAAAUGGCCAUAUUAAUAUUUAACUCAAAAGCUGUUCUUGGAAAUAUGCUGCUUAAUCAAGUUAAGCUUGAAGUGUAUCUUUUCUUUUUUAAUAAGGAAAUUUGCAUUAGCAGAUCAAUUUUUACGCGCGCUAAACAGCGCUUCCGUUAAUCUGCUACACAAAACCAAAACAUAGAUCAUGCAAUGCCUAAGUUUGUGCCUCUUAUCCCCUCACUUAGCAAAAUGAGGUGGCGAUCAGGUUAAUUUCUGACAAAUGUAAGCUAACCAAAUCAGUUUAAAAAAACAUUAAAACUCUAAGCCAUUUAACUAUAUAGAUACCCAGGGCCUAAUCUAUAUGAAGUGUAUUUAUCAUGUUUAAUGCAUGUUUUAUGAGGUUUUUAAACAAAUAUAUAUAUAUUGUAAAAUUGACAUCCAUGUGUUCAACUUCCUUCCUAUGUUUAAGGUAGAAUUUUUGGUGUGCAAUCCAGGAAGGGUUUUUUUUUUUCUUUUUUUGGCUGCCCUUCUUCCCCAUGUAUUUCAGUGGGGUUUGUGCCUGGGCUCUCAUGUGCAUCAUGGUGCUUGGUGGACUGUGUCCUUUAUCCCUUACGUUUUUUACACUACAUUAGCCUUUCUCAUGCUGCUGUCCUUCAGAUGCCCUAGACCACAAUUCCCAGAAUUCCAAGUAUUCUGGUUCGGGUAUCGAGAACUGAAGUCCAGGACAUCUGGAAGGCACCAAGUUGAGCUCUUAGGACAUAAUUGGGUCUCUUACAGGGGCCUGAAGGUUUUUGUAAAAACAAGCCUGAAUGGCCUUGAAAAAUACUGGCAAAUUUGGUUCCAAGUGUUAUCUGUUUUUCCUUUUGAUAAUCAUUUAUAUGUCGUGCAUUUCUCUAUUUCCUGCCCUCUUUAUUUUUUUAACACCGUAUUGUAUUACAAACACCUUUAGUAUUCACCAGCAUAGCCACUCUUUAUCUAAGAUGAUAUGCAAAAUCUUUUCAUAAUGAUAUGAAGUAAAGGUCUAUGAAGUAUAAGAUUUUUUGUUUUGUUUUAUGUAACUAAUGUAAAAAGAAAAACACAAAUUUUAUAAAUGUGUACAGGUUUUUCUUUCUUUUAAAGCUAGCCUCACAAGCCAAAGUAGGAAGAAUCGCAAUAGUAUCAAAUAUAUUGGCCUUACAGUAUAUUUUUAAUGUAAGUUAAGUUCCUGACUUUGUUAUAGCUGUGCCACAAAGCCCUUAACAACAAUUUACUUAGUUGCCUAGAGUUUGGG